AUGUUGCUCGGGGUACCCAGUUUCAGGCAUCUCGCGUCAGCCGUGACUCUACUUACACUGACGCCCGUCCUUGGUCAUCCCGCCAACCAACAGCAUACCCAUGGCUCGUCACACAAGCCCGCGCUGCUAGAGAACUUUGAUGCCAUAGGCGCCUGGUUUGAAGAUGUAGCAGCCAUCAACGGAACGUCGAUUGCGCGCCGCCCAAAUGUCACAAUCGCAAUCGUCGGGGCCGGCAUCUCUGGUCUCGCAACUGGGCUCAUGCUCGACAGUAUUGGUGUGCAUAGCUGGGAGAUAAUCGAAGCUAGCGAUCGAAUCGGCGGCCGUUUCAGAACGGAAUAUGUCGGUGGCACGCAAGAAUGGGCAGAAAUGGGGCCCAUGAGGUUGCCAUAUUCGGUCAAGUACAGGAGUGAUAACACGACACACGAAUACACAGACCACCGCAUGACCUUCCAGUUGGCAGAGUGGUUGAAUAAACUCAACAAGAAUGACACAAAGUGGAAGGUCGACUUUAUUCCUUGGCUGCAGCACCAUCCCAAUGAGCUUCUUGCCAGAGGAACCGGCCGUCAUCCCGAUGGGAGGAUUCCAACCCGAGGAGACAUCGCGGCGAACCCCAAGCUGGCGACUCCGGCGCCAAUGAACAGCGCCGAGUAUAAUGGCACCAAGAGUGCCAUGAAUGGCAUACUCAAGAAUGAGACGCGCCUGCGUGAGAUCCAGCGCGAUAUCUGGCGGGCACACGAGAAGGCAAUGGAGGAGAAUCUUGACGAUUGGAGCGAGCAAGGGAUGAUGCGGCACCGGUUUCACGCCAGCGAGAACGUCACAGAUGCUAUUGCCACCGACACGGACUAUGAGGUGUUUUGGGACGAGAUGGUGCACAACUCCAACUUGGCACAGGAUGGCGGACGCGGCGCCUUUGGCGAGACGGAGUGGAAGUGUGUCGACGGGGGCUUCAACCGGCUGUCCGACGCCUUUACGCCCCAUGUGCAGGACAGGGUGAUUUUCAACCGCAAGAUCAGAAAGCUGGAGUCUGUCGGCGACGGCAAAGGCGGCCUCCGGACGCGGCUUUCCUGGUAUCCCAGCGCGGCGAACCACACGUACGAAUCCAAGGAGUACGACUACACCAUCAUGACGCUCCCAUUUACCAUGACGCGGCUGAUGGACCUGCCCAAAUUCUCGUCGACUCUCAGGAGGGCCAUGGGCGAGCACGGCCUCCGGUUCAAAUCAGCCUGCAAGGUGGCGCUUCUGUUCAAGGAACGGUUCUGGGAGAAGGGCGAGCGGCCCAUCUUUGGCGGUUACUCUCAACCCGCGAGCGCGGCUAUGGGAGCGCUGUACUAUCCCAGCUAUGGGCUGAACGAGAGCCGUCCGGGGCUUAUUACGCAGUACCGCGGAGGCGACUGGAGCGAUCGGUUCGUCAGCCUUCCGGACGAGGAGUACGUGGGCAUGGUGCUGGAUGCCAUUGUCAGCCUGCACGGCGAAGAGGCACGGCGUCUGUACACGGGCGACUAUGAGAAGCUCUGCUGGCUGCAGGACGAGCACUCGGCGACGUCGUGGUGUCGACCCAAUGUUGAGCAGCAUCGGCUGUACAUUCCGUCGUAUCACCGCACCGAGCACAACACCAUCUUUAUUGGCGAGCACACGGCCCCGACGCACGCGUGGAUUAGCUCGUCGUUGCACUCGGCGGUUCGGGGUUCGGUGCAGCUGUUGCUGGAGCUAGGCAUGGUUGAUGAGGCAAAGAAGCUGAAUAAGGUGUGGAUGGGAAGAUGGAUUCACGGGGCGUGA